AUGCCUAAUUUUACCACAGUGACUGAUUUUCUGCUUGCAAGAUUUUCUGAUGUGUGGAAAUUCAGAGUAUUGCACUCUGCUCUCUUUCUACUGACCUACUUGGCAACACUGAUGGGGAACCUUCUCAUUGUCACAGUAACCACCCUUGACCAGAGUCUUCACACCCCCAUGUAUUUCUUCCUUAGGAUUCUGUCUAUCGUGGAUAUGGGUUAUAUUUCUAUCACUGUACCCAAAGCCUGUAUAAUCUUUCUAUUUGACAGCAGGGUAAUCUCCAUAGUUGGAUGUGCAACUCAGAUAUUCCUUAUACUUUUGUUUGCUUUUGUAGAACUUAUGUUACUCACUAUCAUGGCCCGUGACCGCUAUGUAGCUAUUUGCCACCCUCUCCACUAUCCUGUUAUUAUGAACCCUCAAGUCUGUGUACAGAUGUCUCUGGCAUCCUUACUCAGUGGUUUUGUCUAUGCAGGAUUCCACACAGGCCUCACAUUCUGUCUUCCCUUCUGUCAAUCAAACAUAAUCCAUCAAUUCUUCUGUGAUAUGCCUUCUCUGCUGAAGCUCUCCUGCUCUGACACCUUCAUCAACGAGAUUAUAAUUUUUGUCUCUUCAGUUAUGUUAGCAGGUGGUUGUUUUUCCUUAAUUAUCCUGUCUUAUAUUCGCAUACUUUCUACUGUACUCAAGUUUCCAAUCAGAGGAGAACGAAGAAAGGCUUUUUCCACCUGUGUUCCACAUAUUCUCGUGGUGACAGUCUUUCUCAGUUCAGGUGCUGCUGUGUAUAUGAAGCCAACCUCCAACUCACCUAAAAUUCAAGACAUGAUUGUUUCUGUGUUCUACACUGUAGUCCCUCCCUUCUUAAAUCCUAUGAUCUAUAGUCUUCGGAACAAGCAGAUCAAAAUGGCUGUAUGGAGAAUUAUUAAUACUAUGCUGUAUUCAGGAAAAUUAUAA